UAUGGAAGUUAAACGCCGAACGGCUCGCUCCUUGGUGGCUAAGCUCAGCUCAGUCUCUGAACAAACCCGAGCCGACGCUCUAGCCGAGCUCCGACUCAUCUCCAAGGUCGACGCUGAAAGCCGUCCUCUGAUUGCUGAAGCCGGCGCCAUCCCCUACCUUGCGGAGACUCUUUACUCUGCUUCCUACGCGUCUCAGGAGAACGCCGCUGCGACGCUCCUCAACCUGUCUAUCUCCACGCGCGACGCGCUUAUCUCCACGCACGGCUUGCUCGACGCGCUCUCGCACGCUCUCUCCCACCAUAGCUCGCCUCCGAAGACGUCCGCCGACGCCGUGCAGUCCUGCGCUGCUACGCUCCAUAGUCUUCUGAUCGCCGGAGACGCUUAUCGCCCGAUCAUCGGAGCCAAGCGGGACAUCGUGUUCUCUCUCGUCGACAUUGUUAAGAAUCCAACCUCUCCUACGCGAUCGGUCAAAGAUGCGCUAAAGGCGAUGUUCGGAAUCGCGCUUUAUCCUCCGAACAGAUCGACGAUGGUGUCUCUUGGCGCUGUGAGCGCUCUGGUUUCGUUGAUGGUGAAGGAUUCAAGGACAGGGAUCGUGGAGGACGCAUCCGCGGUGGUAGGGCAAAUCGCGGGGUGUGAGGAGAGUGAGGAGGCGCUGAGAAAGGUGUCCGGGGUUAGAGUUCUGGUGGAUCUGUUGGAUCCCGGGACUGGAUCGAGCAUGAGGAUAAAAGAAAACGCAGUAGCGGCGCUGCUGAAUGUGGCAAGAUCUGGCAGCGAGAGGGCGCUGCGCGAGGUAAAGGAGAUGGUAGCGGCAGCAGAGGAAGAGGUGACAGAAGAGAUCAUGGAAGUCGCGGAGAGUGGCAGCUCGAAGGGGAAGAUGAAGGCGUUGGAGCUGCUCCAGCUUGUGAUCAACGAAGAUCGCCAUUCGCGGUUAGAUUUCUUGCUUAAUCAAAACUCGAAUGAUUAAUUGGUUGGCUCUAUCAUAUAUUGAAUGAUGCUGAACUGAUAAUUGAAUGUAGGCUGAUAUAUUAGGGAUUAGAAUUAGAGAAUUAUAGGUUUGAAGAAAUGAUAUAGGUUUGAGUUAUUAUCUGCUAGGAUUUGUCAUUGAUGGGAUGUAAAGUAUAAUAAUUCAGUUGGGUUGUACAUUAGAUUAUUGACCAAAGAUUUGACGGAGGAACAGAAAAUUUUUAGAUUUUCAGUAACUUUAGCCUGUCCAGAGAUGUGUUGCUGUGUGAA